AUGUUUCCAUUGAACGUGAUUUGCAAGACGGUUCCUGCGCUCCUGUUCGCCGUUCCGGUCUUCGACAAGCGGUAUAUUUGUGGGACGAUCUGCAAACGGACUGAUUCGGAGUGUCGACGGGUGGCACAUUCAUCAGUGCAGUAACUCUUCGCUGUUUAUGAAAGCGUCAAGAGUGCAUUUGUGGACGGCAAGAAGGGCGAGAUUCAUGGGGUGAGAUCUUUCAGGUUGGUGCUGUGCUCCACAUCUUCAGUGCUCGCUUUCUUGAUCGCUAGAACCACUGCAUUACGGCCAAAAAUGUCACUAGUCACUGUCAAAAAUGUUCAACCGUCAGAGCAGUUCCCCUUCCGCAAUGAAUCCCUGCGCAAAUGUUUCCUGCCGACGGGCUCGACUCAACGGCGUCCGCAGGGGUCGACGAGUCUUGUCAGUGUGCCGGUAGCUGCUUAUGGAUUGCUUUCCCUCUUCCGGUGUGAACAAGGACGGCUCAUUGAUGGGAUGCGCUUCGUCUGCUGUGCUCUUGGAGCAACUAUUCUGGGAAGGAUCUUCUCGCGACGUCCAUAA